AUGAGAGACGAGACUUCGUGCCCAAUCAGCGCUUAUGCUUUGAAUGUUUCAAAAAGGGACACUUGUCAUCCCAAGGAAGACAAGGAACCUCCCGUCCAAGGCAAGACAAAUAAUGACGACGAGGCAUCGCUAUCAAACGAAUCUGCAAAUUCAAUGGGUAUCUGUGGUUCUUCGAACGUUGUCGAAGACAAGGAGAUUGUUACGGCCAUGUUUGUUCCUGUGGCAGUCAGCCACAAAGAUCGUCCGGACGUCGAAGUCAACGUCUACGCCUUACUCGACGAGGGAAAAACUGAAACAGAAACUCAAAGGCCACAUGAGUGCAACGUUUGCAAUAAGAGAUUUUUUCAAUCAAGCCAUUUAAAAAGACAUAAAAGGACACAUACGAGGGAGAAGCCACAUGAAUGUGAUGUUUGUAAGAAGAUAUUUCGUGAAAGGAGUGAUUUAACCAGACAUAAGAAAAUACACACUAGAGAAAAACCUUAUAAAUGUGAUUUUUGUAAGAAGAUAUUUUCACAUGUUAGUAUUUUCGUUAAUCAUCAAAAAAUACACACUGGAGGAAAGCCUUAUAAGUGUGAUUUUUGUAACAAGCGAUUUUCACGCAGUGACUGUCUAGCUAUACAUAAAAGAACACAUACUGGAGAGAAACCUUAUGAAUGUGACGUUUGUAAGAAGAGAUUUUCGCUUCGUAACAAUUUGGUUCGACAUCAGAGAACUCACACUGGGGAAAAGCCUUAUGAAUGCCAUGUCUGUAAGAAAAAUUUUUCACGUGCUAACAAUUUAAUUACCCAUCAAAGGACACACACAGGCGAGAAACCUUAUGAAUGUGAUAUUUGUAAGACGAGAUUUUCGCGUAGUAAUCAUUUAGUUCGACACCAAAGAACUCACACUGGAGAGAAACCUCAUGAAUGUGAUAUUUGUAAGAAGAGAUUCUUACAGUCUGCUGGCUUAGCUAGACAUAAAAGGACACACACUGGAGAAAAACCGUAUGAAUGUGAUGUUUGUAAGCAGCGAUUCUUACAGUUUUGUACUUUUGCUCAAUUGACUGGUCAUAAAACAACACACACAGGAGAAAAACCUUAUGAAUGUGAUGUUUGUAAAAAGAGAUUCGCGCAAUCUAGUAGUGUGGCUAGACAUAAACGAAUACACACUGGAGAGAAACCUUAUGAAUGUGAUAUUUGUAAGAAGAGAUUCCUACAGUGUGGUGGCUUAUCAAGACAUAGAAAAACACACGCUAGACAGAAAUCUAUUGAACUUGAUGUUUGUGAGAGAGAUUUCGAGAUUCUUGUGACAUGA